GCAAUUAUUAGAAUGAAAUGAGUAUCAUCAAUAUGGAAGAAGAAUCAUCAGCAUCAGCAUCAAGUAGACAAAAAGAGUUUCUAUGGAAAUCGGAACCCCAACACGAAUCCAUCGUCUCCGUCACGCUCGCACGUGCCAUCACUUCUCUCCUCACCGCUCGUCCCAACAAACUUCACGACUCUAUUUCUCGCCUCUCCUCACAUUCUCCAUCUCCAACUUCAACCGCUUCUCUUCACGAUUCUCUAUUAUUCUUCCACACUUAUGUCUCCGAUGCUGCCAAUCACAACCGUUCAAUCGAUCAACUCCUUCUUCCACUCAUCCACACUUCGUUGAAAUGUAAGGACUCAAAGCACGGUGACCAAGCUAUUAUUCUCUUCAACUGGCUUUUUCAGGACGAGCUUCUUUUCCAACCCGUUGCUGAAGCUCUUGCUACCAUUAUUACCAGAAACCAUGAUCGUUACCUGUUGUUUGGUUGGUGCAUCCUGCUAAGAAGCCUUGUAGAUUACGAUACUUCUGUUCAUCAAUCUAUGCUUGGCGGAAUAAGGGAGAGGUAUAGUGAUCUAUUGAAGAUACUCUCCACUUGCCUUCCUGAUUUGGCAGGAAUUGUGAGUAAAGAAAGCACAUCGCAAGAUGGUUUUGAGUUGCCAUCUCGCCUUGGAGUGUCUGCAGCUGAUUGCUUUUUGACCAUUUCCGGAGCAUUGACAAAAGCGGCCAAGCUUCAAGAUAAGAAGUCAAAAUUUAAUGCAAGAGGAAAAGAUCAGGCAAUCACUUUUGUGCAAUAUGCUACCGUUGAUAAGCAGGUGAAAUCGGAUUCGAAAUCAUUGUUGAUGUCAAAGUUUGAAAGGGACUACACUCUCUGGCCUCAUUUAGAUGACCUAAUUUGUUUGGUGCAAAAACUCCUUUCUUGGAGCAAAAAGAGUCGUUUUUUACACGCCAAAGGCUUAGAGCAAGUACUUAAAUGGCUGGAGGAGAUAAAGGAUCUCUAUGGGUCCUUCCAACCUGAGGCAGAUUCUAAUGCUUUCAAAACUGGAGAUUUACUGCUCUCUUCUUGCUGGAAGCAUUAUUACUUGCUAUUACACUUGGAAGAUCGGAAAUUUUCUCAGUGUUACAAGGAACUGUUAGACCAAUAUUUGUCUGGAAUCCAGUAUUAUAUGGAUAAUCAUGCUAGUGGAUCUGCUGACAACAAGGAUGGUGGGUUGGAGACAAUGAAGUUUUUCUUGAAUUGUUUAUGCCUACUUCUGGGGCGUCUAGACGGAAAGAGAUUUGAAAGCACAAUGUCUGAAAUUGGGAUGAAAAUCUCACGCAUUCUAGUACCACAGCUUAAUUGCACUGAUGAAGAUGUGAUAGUAGGGGUUGUUUCAAUAUUCAAGGCUAUCAUUUUGAAGCCAAACCACUCACAGGAAGGUGUACUUGCUGAUAGUAGGCAGGCAAAUAUUGUGAUACCAUUUCUGCUUCACCUUCUAGAUGAGCAGGAUGGUACAGCUCGAGCUGUUGUUUUGCUGAUAGCAGAAUACUGCUCAAUAAGCCAAGAUGAUAUGUGCCUUAUGGAAAUAUUGAAAUGCCUUGCUUCUGAAAACAUUUCACAGAGAAGAAAUGCCAUGGAUGUUAUAUCGGAAAUCUUGCAUAUAUCAUCAGAGUUAAAAAGAUCAUUGCCUUAUUCUUCUUGGCAAGAUAUUGCCAAUGGGUUGCUUGAGCGGCUUAAAGAUAAAGAAAUUUGGAUUCGUGAGCAGGCGUCUAAGUUGCUUCCAAUGAUAGAUCCUUCACUGUACUUGCCUGCAUUGGUUCAUCUUGUAUACUCCCUUGAUGAGAGCCAAUCAUCUGCUAGCGAUACUGUUAUUGGGGUCCUCAAACGACACAAGCAGAAUAUUGAAAUCAUAUUCUUGCUUGUUGACUCUAUUAACAACAUCAGCCAGAGCCUAGAUCUUCCACAGUCUGCUGAAGAUAAAGGGUUAAAGUUGGAUACUGACCGAGUACUUAAACUAGUUCCAGAAUGGUCUAAUAGUGUUGAAGACUGGAACAACUUAAUUGGACCACUGAUUGACAAGAUGUUUGCAGAUCCAUCAAAUGCAGUUAUUGUCAAAUUCUUUAGUUAUAUAAGUGAAAACCUGGCAACUGUUGUUGAUCUUGUAUUGCAUCAUGUUCUGUUGCAUGUUAGAGAACAGAAGGACAGGAUUGAUGAAAGUUUCUUAUCGAGAUGGGAAUGUAGAACCUACACCAGUGAUGAGUAUGAAGAAAUGCAGCGAACUCUGUUUGAGCAUCUUUGCCCGCUGCUAAUUAUUAAGAUGCUUCCCAUGAAAACUUUUGAUGACCUUGAUUCAUCUAUUAUGUAUGGACAUCUCAUUCAAAAUACAAUGCUUGGUUCAGGAAGCAGGAACCCAGAGCUUGGUUAUGAGUGUAUUUCUUCUUUCCUUCUUAACAGGGCACUUUGUGAGCUUGAUUUUGAAGAUGUUCGGAAGCUUUCUGCUGAGUUGUGUGGACGCAUUCAUCCACAAGUCUUGUUCCCAGUUAUUUGCGCCAAAUUAGAUCUUGCUGUUGAAUCUAAGAAUGUACUGAAGAUAAAGACCUGUUUAUUUUCAAUCUGCACAUCCCUUGUGGUCAGAGGCUGGAAGUCACUUUCUCAUCCUUCGAUGCAUGCAAUUAAAAGGAUGAUUGAAACAGUGCUGUUAUGGCCUUGUCUUAAUGCUGAUUCAGUUUCUAAAGUACAACAUGGAUGCAUUGAUUGUCUAGCACUGAUGAUAUGUGUUGAACUACAAGCUGAGGAAUCUAUCACAGACUCCACGCCAGAUAGAAUUAGGGUUAUUGGAAAGAAAGGGAGUUCUGUUGUCACCUAUGUGCUCAAUCAGUUCUUUAAUGAUAAGAAGGAACGGAUUUCAAUCGAGUUUGGUGAGGAAAACUGUGAAUCUGUGGCUGCAGUUCCUCUCUCUUUUCGUUUGUGCAUGGGUAAUGUUCUCAUCAGCACUUGCCAAAAGAUUUCAGAAUCUUGCAAGAAGCAUUUUGCUGCACAAGUUCUUCCUUGUCUCCUUCAUUCUCUAAAGUUUGAGAAAAAGUCAGAGAUUAGAGCUGCAUGCAUCCAGGUCCUAUUUUCAGCUGUUUAUCAUCUACGAUCUGCCGUUCUUCCUUAUGUAUAUGACCUUCUCAAAAUCUCACUAAAAGCCCUGAGAAAGGAGUCAGAGAAGGAAAGGAUGGCAGGUGCAAAGCUUAUAGCAUCUCUUAUGGCUAGCGAAGAUGUGAUUUUGGAAAACAUAUCAGUUGGAUUAUUAGAAGCUAGGACUGUACUGUCAACUGUAUCUUCGUCAGAUCCUUCACUUGAGCUACGACAGCUAUGUCGCAAGUUGUUAGCAUGCAUAUCUUCUCCAUGAGUUGCGAAAAACUUCUUUGUUGAUAUUGUAGUUGGCGGUAUGACUAUAAAGUUGUGUAUAAUAUAGAAUAGCCGUUAAUAGCAGGUUUUAACGUAAAAUUUGUGAUUUUAAAUCCUUUUUAGAACAUCAAAAGGGUACACACUGUUUAGAAACAGAUCCAUAGUCUAGGGCUUCUACAAAAAUUUCGAAAAAUACUUACAUGGUCACAAUUCACAAUGCCAAAUAAAAAUUAUUUGGACUCACACAAAA